AUGGGUAAUUUCAACUCUAUUUUGCAUGUUGAGGACAAAAUAGUGGGCUCACAAGUUCAGGAGACAGAACUAAGAGAUUUUAAGCAAUGUUUACUAGACACUAGGUUACCAGAAUUGAAGACUGUGAGUAGGAACUAUACUUGGACAAAUGGCCACACUUAUAGUAGUAUAGAUAAAGCCUUGGUGAAUGCUAUGUGGUUGCAAUCCUGGACCCAUUUGGAGUGCAGCAUACUUGAUCCUAGAUUUUCAGAUCAUAGCCAUUUGUGUGUAACAAUAGAAGCAAGGGAGAAUACUGGACCUAAGCCAUUCAGAUUCUUCAACUACUUGGCUGAACACCCGGAGUUCAUGCAGACAGUGGAGAAUAACUGGAAAUCACAAAGACAGGCUAGCUCUAAGAAUGAGAAUAGACAAGUACACAAUCAUAUCACAAGAUUGACAGAUGCAGCUGGAAUAGUAAUGCAGGAUGUCAAAGGUAUACAAGAGGAGAGAGUGAGUUUCUACAGAGGUCUAUUGGGUACAAAAGCAAAGCAACUAACCCCUGUCCAGCCUCAUAUCAUAGAAUUGGGACCAACUUUGAAUAGAGAACAACAAUUAUUAUUGAUUGACAAGGUUACAACAAAAGAUGUGUACAAUGCUCUGUUGACUAUUCAGGAUAACAAGGCCCCAGGAGAUCCUAGCCAAGCAGUUUUUGUACCAGGGAGAGUAAUAAUGGAUAACAUUUUACUUAGCGAUGAAUUGGUGAAAGGAUAUGGCAGGAAAGGUAUAUCUCCUAGAAGCAUGAUGAAGAUUGUCAUGCAGAAGGCAUAUGAUUAUUUUGAGUGGCCUUUUGUUGAACAAAUUCUGAGACUAUUAAACUUCCCAACUAAAUUUAUUAAUUGGAUUAUGGCUUGCCUCACAACUGUGUCCCAUUUAAUACUAUCCAAUGGUGUGCCUGCUAGUCCUUUUAAGGCAAAAAAAGGUUUAAGAGGUGAUGCCAGAUCUGUCCAAUUAUUGUUUGAUACCUUCCAAGAAUUCUCAAAGGCAUCAGGAUUGAUAGUAAAUACCAGCAAAAGAUCCAUAUACUUUAGAGGAGUAAGCAUUACUGAACAAGAUGAAAUAAUGGCAUACACAGGAUUUAGUAGAGGGAAAAUGCCUUUUAGAUAUCUUGGGGUACCUCUUAGUACAAAACGACUAUCCAUUGCUCAAUGUGAACCAUUGUUGGAAAAGAUACUAUGCUGGAUUUCUUCAUUGACAACAAAGUUCCUAUCUUAUGUUGGUAGAGCCCAAUUGAUAAGGAGUGUACUGAUAUCAAUGCAAACAUAUUGGUCACAAAUUUUCAUCUUACCAAAGAAGAUAUCACAAUUGAUUGAUCAGAUGUGUAAAAGAUUUUUGUGGACCGGGAAGGCAGAAGUAACAAAGAAAGCAUUAGUAGCUUGGAGUAGACUAUGUCAACCUCAAUCAGCAGGUGGGAUGAAUAUGAUUGAUAUGGAAAUAUGGAACAAAGUUGCAAUCAGCAAGCUGUUACGGAAUAUGUGUACAAAGAAGAAUAAAAUAUGGAUCAAGUGGAUCUAUGCAUAUUAUGUGAAGGGUAGAUGUACUUGGGAAAUAGAACCAAAGAAGGCAUCGUGA